AGCAUAAUAUACGCGGUACUCAGUAUUAAAUUCUAAAUUCUGUAUACCAGCAGUAGGUAUAUCGCAUAUUUAUACCGUAUACACGAUAAACAGGUAUAUUAGUUUGUGGUGUUGCCAAGGCCAAAAUGACGGACGUUUUGUUUAAGAAGCAAUUAAAGCUUGUUGUUGCAGCAGCAUUACUCCAACUAUCAAUCGAGUUAAUGGCCGCAUAUUGUGCCAUGGUGACAUCUGAUUGGACACCUGAUCGGAAGCACCACCCUCCCCUACCUGACAUCAUACUUGGUAACGUCACACGACGUAAAUGGGGAAUGCAGCUGGCAGAAUACGUCAUAGUUACCACCAUUGUCGUAAACUUAGUGAAUGUUGCCAUGAAACGAAACGGACUUGUAAUUCUCCGCCGAGGAUUCUACCUUUGCGCCAUCGCAGUGCUUUACAAAGCACCCCUAAUGCUUUCAACUAAUCUUCCUGUCUCCGCAACAGAUAUGAACUGUCCACCUCCAAUGUUGACUUUAACACGUCGUGUCGCACCUGCAGUCCGCUACCUUAUUGGAGGCGGCAUGACCAUCAAUUCUGUUCAUUGUUGUGGGGAUUAUAUAUUUAGUGGCCAUGUAGCGCACAUAUCAAUGCUUAUGCUGGUACUCAUACACAACACUCGAAACCGACUGAUUCCAUUCGUUUCAAUAUUUGUAUCUUUUGUUGGAUAUCUGGCAAUCCUAUUAGCGCAUGAACAUUACACAGUGGAUGUCCUUCUCGCCCUGCUUGUGACGUCACAAACCUAUUUCGCGUUCCACGUCAUGAACAAGAUUGAUAAUCCUCCGUUAAUGAGAAAGAUUUUGUUUCCUUUCUACGAUUACUUUGAAGGCGACAAGUCAAUCAACGAUGAACUCGAUCAAAGUUUAUUCGAGUUGGUUAAAUUCAAACUAAGGUCCCACAAGAAAAUAACCUGCUGAUGACGUCAUUACGCGAUUCAAAAUUUAAAGAGCUCGUAUUGUUUCUGGAAUUUAACGUUUGUGACGUAACACCCAUACCACAAUGGAGAGAUUGUUCAUAUAAUGAUUGUGAUGUAAUAAACGAAUCAGACUGUAAUGUGAAA